AUCGAAAGUGAUAGAUAUCCAGUCAUACGACUUUCUGACCGGGUUCAGUCGUCCUUCUCUCGAGUAGACACAUUCGCUUUUAAGUUCUAGCUCUCACUCUCUACGAUGAUUCAUGCUGUUAGCUGCUUCUCAAAUCCUGCGCGUGAGGUCGAAUUGGGCGGGACACUCAGUCGUUACUAUCAUGAGUACAGGGGUUCUUGAUCGGUCUUCCGAGCGACUGGCAUACUGACAGACAGAAAGUCAUUGGCUGUAGGGAAGAGAUCGAACGAAAGAGGAGCGCAAUUUCUUCAUUGGUCCUUCUAUCAGAGCCAGCGGCCUGUUCGAGGAGCGUCUGAUUGCCGCGCGUCGGGAGAAUUGGCUGGCUGAUUAGAACAGGAGCGUCUUUGACGGAGCGUUAGGCUGGGCACGAGACCGAGAUACUUCUCCACUGAGUGGGAAACUCGAUGCAGCAGACGCAGAGGCCAUCUCAGACGAGUUGUGCGAUGGAGCAGUAUCAAUAGCUGCAGUACACGUAAAUCUGUGCGCGCCUGAAAUUGGGCGCCCCUCUGGCUCGCAGCGGUGCCUUGUUUUUUCAUUCAGCACGGAGAUCAGCCUUUCGAGGGCGCUCCAGAGAGAUUUCGUUCGUGGAAUUCCGAACACGCUCGCUGUCAGCUCAGCUUCACCAGAGCCGUGGUUGCAAUGGAUCCGUCGGGUCAUACGCCGGCAAUUUCAGAGGAGAUGGAGGAAGCAUCGGUGGCGAGGCCAGUGGCGGGAGAGUCCAGCGGAGAGGAGAGCAAUCCGGGCGAGAAGCCUUAUAUGCAGAACCUGUUUGUCAUGCGACAUGGAGAGAGGAGGGAUGACGCUGAUGAAUUGUGGGUGGAAUCGGCCCCGCGGCCCUGGGAUCCUCCCUUGACAGAGAAGGGCAAAUAUCAGGCUUGGAUUGUGGGCAAGAGGUUGAGGAAAGAGGGAUGGAAUAUCACACGGGUGCUAGUUUCUCCCUUCCUUCGCUGUGUGCAGACUGCUGUCGAGGUUAUCACUGCGCUGUGUCUCGUCGACAGCAGUAGUGACGCUAGCAACAGCAGAGAUGCCACCAUUGAUCCAUCCAAGGUGAAGGUUUCCUUUGAGUUUGGUCUUUCGGAGCUUAUGAACGGCCGCGCUAUUCGACGUCCACCAGAUGAAGUUACAAAUGGUUCUCCAAAUAUUCCCUGGCACUUGGAGCUCUCUCAACUUGCUGCUAUGUUUCCAGCAGGCACUUUCGAUGAUUCGGUCAAGUCCAUCUGGCCGCAAAUUCCUGCAUGGCGAGAAAGCACGGCUGAUGCACAAAUGCGUUAUGCUACGACUCUUUUAUCUGUGGUAAACAAAUUCGUCAGAGAAAACGUUCUGUGCAUCACUCAUGCCCAAGGAGUGGGGGUUUGUGUGGCAGAGUUUCACUUCCAGGUUUAUGCUGUGGAUUACUGUGCUCAUUCUCAUAUGCAGCGGCCCAUUUACAGCUUUUCUCCCGACGGUAGUUUCAGCGCCGGAGAAUGGGAGCUUCUGACUGAGUCGGGACCAUCCGGCGUGCUGUAUGGAACGUUCAAGGACUAGUUUUGGGAGUGUUUCACGACUGUCACUUACGCUUGAAACAACAGUCAUGAAGCAACGGGCCUACGAACUUUCUGGUAAGUGAAUGCACUUUCCUUGUUAGACAAGGAUUCCAGUUUUCCUUGCAAUUUGUUCCAGGUAUACACUAGUCGCUUUCAGCCACGUAGCUCAAAUUUUAAAGAUGUGCGCCUGAGACUGACGAUGAUGUUAUGACGUUAAAUAUAGAUUUUCAUUAUCUAACACAAGAACUGAUCUUAGGUCUGCCAAGUCUUGUUCAAAUGGAGCAUGUCCCUGUGGGUCUAACUCCACAAAUAUCCAGGAACAACUUGUGUGGCAGUCGAAUUAUGUCGCCUAGAUUUCAGGAGUUAGAAGGAUGUUUUCGGCUGAGUAUAGAAAGUGUGUCUCUCAAUAUGGCACAUAAGCAAUUUGUCAGCUGACAGAAGUACGUUGUGUGCUCUGACGACAAAUUAUUCAGAUGUGAUACGAGCUUUUCAUAUUUUUUGGAAUCUGAUUUGUUGUACUCCAUAAUGACAAGGCUGCUGGUGAUAAAGAAAAGUACAUGAUUUUCGUG